UUUGUCUACAUAAACAUCCCCAUGACAUGGACUGAGGCCCAGAGCUACUGCAGAGCUCAUCACACAGACCUGGCCAGUGUGAGAAACAUGACAGAGAACCAGAAGGUGGUGGAGCUGAUUCCUUCAGGACAAAUUGCCUGGAUUGGUCUUUUCAGACACUUGUCUUGGUCAGAUGGACAGAUCUACUCAUUUCACUACUGGGAAAACACAACACUGGAUGAAGCUGAAAAGAGCUGUGUGUUUGCCAGCUUUCAACACUCUGGAAAGUGGUUCACCUUUUCGUGCGAUUGGAACAUCCCAUUUAUUUGCUACAGUCAAUCUGCCCAAAGACAUGUGAUGAACGUAAAACUGGAAGUGAUGGAACCCAACUCUAAUCUGGACAUGGAUGCCUCUGUAGUGAGAGAAGGAAUCCUGCAGCAGCUCAAACAGAAACUGGACCAAGGAGGGAACAAACACAUCAGACUGAGCUGGAGCAAGGGGUCAGAUGGAAAAGUCUUCCACAAGGUCAAGAAGGAAACGAAGAAGAAGAGGAGCCCUGAAGGAGAGCUUUAACUCUUUCCUUCAGCAGCUGUUUGUGCCUGAUUUUAUAACCUUCCAUGCAAUGCUUCAUAUCUUCUCACAGAACACUUAGUACUUAGUAUUUGUAGAAGUAUAACUGCUCUGUAUUAUUGGAUCGUUGAUUCUUAAGAAUUGAAGUAGAAGAAAAUUUUUGAAACGGAGAAACUGAUUUAAAAAAACAUUUUUUUUCUUGUUGCAAAAAUGAUAAAUAAUUUCUAUGCUGGUUAAAUUAAAUGUACAUUGAGCUUUUAAAGCCACUAAAUAGUCUUCAGUGUUCACAUGUUUUACUCUGUUUAAAAAUAAGGGCAUUUAAAAGAUAUUUUUAUUGGUUACAAAACAAAUGCAUCUCAUAAUAACUUGCUAAUAAUGCUGAGAGCUGCAUUUGUCUGUUGCAGACUUCAGGUUUAGUUAAUGAGGUAAAACUAUUAUUCUGUUAAGCAGAUAGUUGCAACUUUUGGAAAUUAAUGAAUCCUUUUAGUCUUUUUUCCAAGUAAAAAGACAAAUAUUUGGUUCCAGUCUCUGAAAUGUGAAGAUUUGCUUCUUUUUUUGUCAUUACACAGCAGUACACUUAUUAUCUUUUGGUUUCUGGUCAGUAAAAUAGUUUUGCAGCAAAUAACUUUGUUAUCUAGCUAGCAAAAUCAGUUUGAAGCAACUUUCUUUAAGAUAUUUAAGAUUAGACAGGAUAAUACAAGAUAAGACAGAAGAGAAGAAGAAUUUGUAGUGGUCGUAGUGUUUGAUUAGAUAUACAGCCCCAGUGCUGGAUUAAAAAUGAUGCAGUCCCAUGUUGAGAAGGGUCGUUCAAAUUUUAUUUCAUAUGUUAUUCUGCUUUUGUUUGUUUUUGAAAUAUAGAGCAUUAAACAAUAAUUUUAAAUCCAAUUUUUGGUAUGUAAAAUAAGAAACAGACACUCAUCCUGUGUAAGUCAUAUGCAACAUUAUGAGACAUUGAUCAUUUUGUUAUUAAUCUAUUAUACAAUAUUAAUAAAUUCUCAUAGUGAUUUUAAAUGCCCAUCAGUGACCAUGUGCUGCACAUAGUUGGAAUACAAAUGGAAGUGAAUUUAGAAGAUAUUUUUUAAUAAUUACAAGAUAUUAUAUACAAAUGAUCUCUGGCUUUCUGUGAGUUUGCUAUUGUGUUCACAAAUAUUACAGAUGCAAACAACCCUUCAGCAUAAUUACAAGCUCAGUUGUUUUGUAGCAUCACGCCCCAUACUGUAUCCAAUCAAAUCCAGUUAUUAAUUUUUAAUAAUUUAAAUGAGGCUGCUCAUUAUUGGGUAUUUUUGGAAUGCGCUUUAAGUUUUUACAUUCAUAAAGUACUCUUGUGUUGCACCAGGCUGGACUGGAAA